AUGCGAGAGCUGGACGGAGUGAUCAUGACUUCUCCCGAUGAUAACCACGAGGAGGAUGUCGACAUGGAGGUCGACGACGACGACGACGACGACGACGACGACGACAAGCCCUCUCACUCGCAGGAGAUGACGCUCUCCAUCACGCAGCCCGAACUCACAGCCCUACACGACAAGAUCUCCGCCCUGAAAGAAACAAUCGCCGACCUCACCCUCUCCUUGUCCACCUCCCGCGCAAAGAUCUCCAGCCAAGAAUCCACAAUCACCGCCCUCCGCCUCCCCAACCCCUCAAACCCCAACGAACAAAUCGCAAAACUCACGAGCGAAAACGCAAACCUGAAGGAAGAAAACUCACACCUAGAGCAAGACUUUACAUCAAAGACCGCCGUGUUCGAGGAGAAGGUGCAGAAAGUCAUCGCCGAUGCUGAUCUUCACGUGCGUAAGAAGUUGCAGGCGGUGGAAGUGGAGUUGUCGAGAAGACAUCAUCUCAUCAUGUCUUGCCACGCCACCAUCCUCUCCAAAGACGCUCGUAUUUUCGGUAUGCAGAAGCAAUUGGAUUCUGUUUACGGUACUCUGCAGCGUCAGAGCGAUCAAAUGGCUUCUCAGCAGCGUCAACAUGCUAGGAAGUUGGUUGCGAUUGAAGAGUUCUGGAAACAGGGGGUUAAAAACUCGAGAAAGAGGGCGUUGAUGUGGAGCAAGAGGGAUGCUAAGGAUCUUGAGGAGAUUAUGGAGUUUGGGUAUGAGAGUGAGGAGGAUGAGGAGAUUGAGGAUGAGGAGGAUGUGAGGGCUAUUGAGCAGGGCGCCACUAACCAGGACGCCGUGGCCGAAGAGGAAGCUACCGACGAAGAGGUCGAGCAGGAGCAGCCUAUGGGCGAGGAAGUUGAGGAGGAGAAAUCCAUCAAGAAGGAGAUCGAGAUCGUCGACUUGCUCGACGACGAGGAUGAAGAGGACGUCGUCGCUGGAGCCGACAACCCCGCUCAAGACCCAGUCGUCCACAAGCAGCAGGACCUCAUCGAGCAGGCCAACGUCGGCGAGAAGUCUGCCAUCGACAGACCUACCUUCGAACAGCCCGAUUUCAUCAAGCCCUCCUUCGACCAUCUCACUACCCACAAGCCCGCAUUCGAGAAGCCCACUAUCGCCAGACCCACCUUCAACAAACCACUCAUCCACGACAACCCCAUCACGGCCGGAUGUUCUCCUCCCAAGAAACGUGCCAGACUCUCCAUGGAAAGAGCCUAAGUAAGAGACAAGCAAGGCAAGUGCGAUAGCACGUAUGCUCUUCUCCUGAGCAAGCAAGCGAGUGAGCAAGAUAACGUAUCAAUCAACACACAACACAAAGAGCAUUUCAAACGAGGAAAGGAAGAAGAGAGAAUUAGAAGGAAACAGCGACCAGAAAAGAGCCGAAGGAAAAUGAGACAAGGGGAAAUCGCGAGCGGAAGCAAAGUCAAGG